AUGGGGAAGUAUGCGGCGGAUAUCAGAGAUCCAAAUCCUAAUGGAUCUCGUGUCUGGCUUGGUACCUUUGACACCAGCGUUGAGGCGGCGAAGGCAUACGAUCUUCCCGCCUUACAAAUGCGCGGUUGUAAGGUGAUACUUAAUUUCCCAAACGAGGUUGCCAGCUCAAGCGAUCGGGAAGCGAUGCAAAUGGCAUCGGUGGUCACCGCGAUGAAGAGAAGAAGGGUAACAGAGGAGACAGAGAAGGGGAUAAAGGCGGUGAAGAGAGAGAGUACACCGGAGGAGGAGAUGAGGCGAUCUGGAAGACUGUUUGGGAGGACUCCGAAGGGAAGGGACUCUUCAGCUUGCCGCCACCCUCGCCGCUCUCUCCUUACCCCUCUCUUGGUUUCCCCCAACUCUUGGUACAAUGAGAAAGAGAACGAAAGAGAGCGCUUCUUCUAG